AUGAAAGCUGGUUUUCGAGGAGCAGGUCUAAUAUCAUUCGAUCCUCAAUCUAUACUCUCAAAACUAGAUAUUAGAAUUCGUACUUCUACUCCUUCAUCUACCUCCUUGGAACUUACCAACUCCUGGAUCUCUCAAACCCCUCAUAAUCUAAUUGAGGCUCUCUUACAAUCAACUCUAGUAAAAGCUCGAAUGGCUCGUCAUCAAUCAAGCUCUCCUACACCUAUAUUUGAGACUGUGCAAGCUUUAGCUAAAGGUACAGAGAGACUGGCACAUGAAGUUACACUUUUGAGUGCUGAGAAUCGUAUGCUUCGAAGAGCAAAUGAGGCAUUAAGUAAACGUCGAUGCGCCAAAAAAAUUCAACUACUGUUGACCUCUUGGGAUCUUGGCAGCAUAUGCAUAUAUAUUGCAUGA